AUUCUCAGAUUUCCCUGCGCAGACAAAAGUGAAGCUCCUCAAAAGAAGCCAGCAAUUCCGCAAGUCACAAGGGCUCCUCCAGUCCAUCAAUCCACUAAGCCUCCUCAUUCUCUCUUCUAGGGACCCUCGUCGUCAAAGGUCCAGACUUCGCACCUGAAGGUCGCUGUGUACAGGAUAACCAUACCCAAUCCCUUCAACAUGGCCGUUGCAAUAGAAGAGAAAUCGGCCUCAUCUCCGCUAUCCUUCCUCACAGACAAUGCCAUCGCAUUGGCCAUUACAGACACAUAUUCUAGCCUGCAAGAACGACGAAGGCUAUUGGGUCUCGAGAACCCUGGAACAGUCGAUGGGAUUGCACGCGAGGUGCAGAAAGAUGUUCUCCUAACGAACUUCAUGUUCUCCGGCCUGCGAUGUGACUUGCAGAAGAUUUUCAGCGUCAACCCACUGUUUCGAUUACAACAUGGCUUUGCGAUGGGCUCGCAGGCUCUGCCACCGUGGCAGUUGAUGGCUUUGUAUGGCAAUUCAAAUGUUUUUAUGCAAGCUGCUUAUUCGAGUGACAAGUCGUUGACGGCGUGGGGUAACCUGAGGUGGUCACCACGAUUUGUUACCAAAACCCAAACUUCGAUCGACCCACGACAGGCUCAGACUAUGGUGCAAUUUGACAACGAAUACACUGGCGAAGAUUUCUCGGCCUCCGUCAAGGCAAUCAGUCCCUCGAUCCUCGAAGGUGGGCUCACCGGUAUCGUUAUUGGAAGCUAUCUGCAGUCUCUCACGCCUCGACUCGCUUUGGGUUUGGAAGGUGUAUGGCAGCGCGCUGCAUUGAACUCGCGGCCUGAGACAGCCGUGUCCUACUGCGCAAGAUACAAGGGAACAGAUUGGAUUGCUAGUGCACAAUAUUUGGCUCAAGGUUCACUGGGAGCGUCUUACUGGCGAAGAUUGACGGAUAAGGUGGAAGCUGGUGUUGAUUGUCAAUUGCAGUUUGCGCCGGGGAUGGGUGGCGCCGGCAUGUUUGGAGGCGUUCGACGAGAAGGAACAACCACGGUCGGCGUCAAGUACAACUUCACCACCUCGGUCUAUCGUGCACAGGUCGACAGUGCGGGCAAGUUCGGCGUCGUCUUGGAAAAGCGCGUCGCGCCUCCAGUCACUCUGACCUUUGCUGCUGAAAUUGACCAAUGGAAGAAUACUCACAAGCUCGGUCUCGCUGUGUCUCUGGAAGGAGCGCCAGAGGAACUUCAAGAAAUUGCCGAGAGGCCUGAGAACGCUCAGGUCAUGCCACCUCCCAUCUAAUCUAGAGGUCUUGGGGAUUCGACAGCAGCAUUCACCGAAGAAUUCUUGACCUUGUUUUAGUACUCUUCACUCCUGAGCAAGCCCGGGCGAGAAAUCGCUUUCCCUGUACAGAGUACUCACCCUCAAGUCAGCGGAAAGUCUACUGGAACAGGAAAUUUCUUGCAGGCGUUUUGACCUUUGUCGCGACAUUGGCAUAGCCAUGGAAGGCCGGGAAAGUAGUGACGAUCUGUGGUUGGCAUUUGAUCAUGCCCGGUAAAAAAUUCUUCUGUACAUGGGAUGGAUCAUGACGAGACUUGAAGGUGUGCUUGACAUGGUAGCGCCUUGCGGACUCGGCGGAGAUUCAAAACAUAUUGCAUAAUAGAAGGCUUGUAACAACAAAAGAACACACGAUCAGCUUUAUCUUGUGUGCUUCUUUCUUUCUCGAUCUGCUGAUACAUGACGACGGGGGAUCUAUCGUUGCACAGAUCGCCAUCGCCAUCG